UUUAAUAAAAGAGAAUUUUCUCUUGUCGCUAGUGUGUACCCACGCGAGGUGAUUCGUGAUUCGAUAAUGACUUGUUUAUUGUGCGCAUCAUGCGUAGCCAUUACUUAUCGCGAUCAUGCACAAGUUGAUUGAGAUCGCAUCUUCAGAGACAUAACAGCAACUGUUUCGGUAAUAUCGCUUAUCGCUUGCGUCGCGCGUGAGUAUAUAUCAUCACCAAUAUACCGUUUCUCUUUUUAGCUUCAUUUGACAAAUAGUGUCGUUGUGUCAAAUUGCCUAUGCGUUAGUUAUCUCAUAUCAUUGAAUAGCAUUAAAUUACAUUGAGCAUUAUUAAGAUUUUACAGUAUCUAAAAUUUUAAGAGAGAAAGAGAGAGAUAUGCCUCAAAGCUGACAUCGUUUCGCGUUCGAUAAGCAAAGAUCUCGCUAGACGCGAAGCGUUAGUCGAGAGACUCUUGGCGAUAAAAUCGUAACAGAUUCUCUCUCUCUCUCUCUCUCCCUCUUAGAUUUGCUGGAUGGAGUCAAGUGUCGGUCGAUCGAUCUCUCUCUCUCUCUCUUUCUUUCUUUCAGUGUUAUCAUCACCGUCAGAUUAGGGUCGCGCCUUGAGACAGUUGCGCGCGAGUCCAUCGUGCCAUUGCGCACAACGUCUUCAUCAAAGUCUCGCGUUUGCUGUGCUAGGAUCGAGGUCAAAGUGGAAUUUCCGGAAGACACGAACCACCGCGCGCGGUUCCGGUGCGGUGUCAGAUGAGAGACAAGAGAGGAAGAAAGAGAAUCGUCAUCGCGAAGAAAGAUAGCAAGGAGCGAUAGGGAAGCGCGUCAAAGAUCGUGUAACGCGAGAUAACUGCAUCAGCCGCCACCAGUUGUUGUAAUAUACUAUAUAGAGACCAUGUUCAGCAACGCCGUGCAAGCGAAGCUGGCGUCGAUGGUGCUGAUCGGCGCUGGCAGCUUCGUCGUCGGCAUCGCACCCGCUUGCUUUGUCUCGCGUACUCGCAAUCUGCAACAGAAGUUGCUGCUCUCAUGUACCCUGUGCUUCGGCGCCGGGGUCCUCCUAGCCACAGCGACGCUUCACGUCUUGCCGGAAGUGCGCGAAACUCUACCGGAUUACGCCGAGCUGGUCUUCUCCUCUGGUUUUCUCAUGCUGUAUCUCGUCGACGAGUGUGUACAUUAUUUUUGCCGAGGCGCUAAUCAUAAUUCCGAGAUGCAGGAUUCUCACUCUUCCAGGCUUACGGCUUCUUCUAGGAUCGCGCACGAUCGCGAGCGAGGUUUGAACUGUCGGAAUCACUCCCAUGGUGUCGGUUAUAACGCCAGCACGGUUGCCGCCGCCACGCAAGACAACAAGGUUUACAUGUCCGAGGGCGAAGUGAGAUUACCGCUCAACAGAGAUUAUCGACAAAAUCUUUUUGGUAAUAACGCGUGGACCUUUAGUAACUACGGCACGACGCGAUGUGUCGCAUGUGACUGUCAUUCGAGAUUGUCAUCGAGUGGAGAAAAUACAUUUUUAUGUCACGGAAAUCACGGCGAGCAAUGUAUCGAUGCCAACACUGGUCUCGCCGGUCUCGCUCUCGCUCUCACUGUACAUGCUGUCCUGGAAGGGCUUGCGAUAGGUUUGCAAACGAAAAUUUCCGAGGUGUUGUUACUAACUGGAGCGGUAGCAUCACAUAAAUUUGUCGUCGGCUUCUGUUUGGGACUGGAAUUAGCGGGAGUUAGUAAAUCUAUCCCUAGAUUAGUAUUUGCAAUUUUUCUAUUUGCCAUUGGAUCCGUCAUCGGAAUCGGCAUCGGCAUGCUAACGUUUCAGGCUGAUACAGAAUGGUCCAAGCUGGUGUUGCCGAUUUUGCAAGGUCUGGCAGGCGGAACUUUAUUGUACGUUACCGUAAGCGAAGUUCUCCCGAGAGAGAGGACGAGAUGGCAUAAAAGUUCGCGCAAAUUCGCAGGCAUUUUACAAUUUCUAUCGGUAGUCGUUGGAUUUGUCCUUAUCUUUCUUCUUAAUAAGUACGUGAGCGAAUGAAUCAAUUGCAAUGUUGUUAUAUUCCAACAUUAUUUAGGCAAAAAUUGAAUCACAGACUUAUUUGAAAACCGAGUUGCUUCGCGUGAACACGGUCGAGUAUAUACAUGCGACUGCAUGUAUAUACUCUCAUGUAAAACUGCGUGACGAAUACCGAAUAAGUGUAAUGUUGCAUCGGAGCAAUGGAUAUGCCAUCAUAAUUAAGAUUUGACAUUUCUCUUCAAGUACUUGAUAAUACAAAAACAAUGUAAAGAAUCUUCUAUUUGCGACUCAAUUCUUUAAGCGAUACUAGUAAUUUAAUAUUUUAAUAGAUAAUUAAUUCUCCAUUGAUAUAAACAAUAUAUAAUUUUAUUUGUACUUUGUUGAUUUAGAUGUAACAAAAUUAAAAUUGUGUGAUCAAAA